AUGGUGUCUCUCUGGCCAUGGCGGGAUGACAAUUCCGCCGCAGGCUUUGAGAAGACGCUCUCAGCUCUGUCCACCAAGAUCACGAAGGCCAGCGCCCGCGGCGACCGCCUGCGCCAAAGCUCCCGCAAGAUCAAGGUCAUGUGGACCUUGUACACAACAUUCGCAUACAUUCUCGCCGCCCUCAUCCUGACCCUGAUCACCGGCUGGCGAAAUUGGGGACCAGUCGAGUACACCGGCAUGGCAGGAGGUCCGCUUGUCAUUUAUGGUGUUCGCCAGGGAUUGACAGCCUACUUCAGCUACCGCAUCAACAACACCCAGGCCUACCUCGACAACCUCUACAAGGAGCGCGACGCCACGAUCGAGAAGCUCAAAGAGGCUACCAAGUACAACUCUACACAACAGUUGCUGGAAAAGUACGGCACGCCGAAGCCCUCGCCGAAGAAGGAGCCUUCCACGCCAGACCAGCGCCGCCCGUCAGGGGACAGCAGACCUUCCUCGGCCGCUGGCGUCAACGCCGGCCGGACUGGCUUCGUGCCUCCACCCACUGCCAAUAUUCCUCGCAACCACGUGCCACCCCAGCCUGAAGGCGGAUCGUCGCGCCCUGUCACGCCCGGCGAAGGCCAGCCUUUCCCGCCGCCAUUCCCCGCGGGUCAACAGCAGCCACCCUUCGUACCGGGCCCGCACGCCGGAGGCCCUAUCGCAGGCGUCGCCGAUGCUGAAUUCGCUCCGAACGCUUUCCCUGCGCAGUAUGCUCCCGAGAGUCCGCGAGGACCGCAAUGGUACGAUCGCAUUCUGGAUGUGCUUCUGGGCGAGGACGAGACGCAGCCGAAGAACCGCUUCGUGCUCAUUUGCGCGCACUGCCGUCUCGUCAACGGCCAGGCUCCUCCGGGCACAAAGUCGCUGGAAGACUUGGGCAAGUGGAAGUGCAUGGGCUGCGGCGGCUGGAACGGCCAGGAGAACGAGGCGCAAAAGCUCGUCGCGCAAAUCCAGCAGCAGGAAAAGCGCGCAGGAUCCAACAAGAAGACAAAUGGCGAUGACGCUCACCCGGGAAAACCAAUCUGGAAAGUCACAGACGCAUCACCGGAAAACAGCGCGGACGAGUCAGCAGGCGAAGACGGGCCGCCGGCCAGGGUGACCAGGAGCAGGGCCAAGGGCAAUAAACAUUAG